GGGUUGUUGAGCAACAUUUUGAGUUCCUCUUUGAGGUUUGAUCUGUGAGCAGAAAACAUCAUCAUCAUCUUCAUUAUCGGCAAGCAGGUCCAACAAGAUGGCUGAUGUGCGCUGGCGGUUGUUGGCACUUAUUGUGGUUGUCAUGGCAACAAAGACCCAGGCCAUCGACCAGAAAGAGCUUGGCAGAAUUGUUAAACAAGUCCUCCAAAGGCUUCACUUGAAUCGGACACAGCCCAAGGACAAGCUGCCCAUGUUCAGUGUGGCCGUGAAUGUCCCCAAGGGUCAUAACGGUCAAUAUGACGUCAACCUCAUACCUGACCCGCGUGACAAGAUCAGGAACACCAUCCUGAAAUGCCACAUCUACGAGGGCGAGCACGCGGUGGCCGCCACCGUCCUGCGGUGGCCCAACGUGCUCACCAUGUGUCCCGAAGAGAAGGUGCCGUGGAAAGAUGUUCUGAGGAAGUGCAAGCGGUACCCCAAGUCCUCCAUGACCUGGCAGCAAGUAAAGGAUAAGUGCCCCGACGCCAUAGAAGACAAGCGAGCGGACCACGCCGAGUACCGCGUUCUGGACACCUUCAAGACGUGGGUGGCUCGCAAGAAGAAGACUGAUAAGACGGGUCUGAUGCUCUUCUACGUCUUCGGCUCGCCGUGCACAGACAGAUGCACGCAUGAGACCAACAAGCAGAACAUCCUAGAGCUGGUGCAGAACAUCAAUCAGUGGUCCCAGCACGUCUUGGUCUUCUCCAAGGUCUUCCAGUAUGAAGGCCAAGAGUCCACCCAGGACAACGACCGCAAGGACGCGCUCAAGAGGCUGGGAGGCAAAAUCGGCGGCCUCGGGAACAUCUUCCAGUGCGCCUGGAAGAAUGGAGACAUGCGGUGUGCCAGCUGUUCCGGCGGGGGGGGGCAGGUCACACCUGAGUGCUACCAAGGUGAGCAGGGCAAGAACACAGUCAAAGGAGGCGGGACCCAGCGUGGGCGUGGCCAGAAGAACACAGUCAAAGGAGGCGGGACCAAGCGUGGGCGCGGCUGAUCUCCCUGGGGGGCGGCGCCGAGGUCGACAGCCACCAAUUGGGCGAGCCGUAAAAAAACCAAACGUCUUUUGAUGGUCAGCUUUUGCUUCCAUGCUAACGCUAGCAUGCUAACAUUGAUCAACAUGUAAACUUCUGAUUCUGCUCAGCAUUAAAAAAAGCUUUUAGCACACAUUUCUCUGCUCUUUAUUUGGGAAAACGCAACAACAUAUUUCACUCCUCUGAUAAUAAAGAAUGAAUAUUGGAGAGGAUGUAUUCACAAACCCCAAAACUAGUGAAGUUGUCACGUUGUGUAAAUGGUAAAUAAAAAGAGAAUACAACAAAUCCUUUUCAACUUAUAUUCAAUUGAAUAGACUGCAAAGACAAGAUAUUUCAUGUUCACACUGGAAAACUUUGUUAUUUUUGGCAAAUAUUCGCUCAUUUGGAAUUUGAUGCCUGCGACAUGUUUCAAAAAAGCUGGCACAAGUGGCAAAAAAGACUGAGAAAGUUGAGGAAUGCUCAU